AUGGCGACCCCAGUGAGGGGUGAAACAAGAAAUGUUAUUGACGACAACAUUUCUGCGCGGAUUCAAUCGAAAGUCAAAACAAAUGAUACUGUCAGACAGACGCCAUCAUCAUUAAGAAAAGUUUCUAUUAAAGAUGAACAGGUGAGACAAUAUCAAAGAAACUUAAAUAGGUUUAAAACCAUACUAAAUGGUUUAAAGGCAGAAGAGGAAAAACUUUCUGAGGCUGAUGAUAUUCAGAUGCUAGCUGAAAAAUUAUUAAAACUCGGAGAAACCAUUGACAAGGUUGAGAAUAGGAUUGUGGAUCUAGUUGAAAAGAUACAAUUAUUGGAAACAAACGAGAACAAUAAUAUAUUACAUGAACAUAUAGAUGCUACAGGGACUUACUAUUUAUUCGAUACGUUAACUUCAACCAACAAAAGAUUCUACCCUAAGGAUUGUGUUUUUGAUUAUAGGACUAAUAAUGUCGAGAACAUUCCUAUUCUCUUAAACAAUUUUAAAAAAUUCAUCAAGAAAUAUCAAUUUGAUGAUGUCUUUGAAAAUGAUAUCAUAGAAAUCGAUCCUCGUGAAAAUGAAAUCUUGUGCAAGAUAAUCAAAGAAGGACUCGGUGAAAGUUUAGAUAUCAUGAACACAAAUACAACUGACAUUUUUAGGAUAAUCGAUGGUUUAAAAAAACAAAUAUAG